AUGUGGAAGGGAUGCAGCCAAGGCAAGGAGGGUUUGAGCUGCAGCAGGGCAGCUGUCACCAACAUCUCCUCCAAGCUGGGCUCCAUCGGGCUGUGCCUCCACGUGCCAGAGGCCCCCAUGUACCCGUACCAGGCCAGCAAGGCUGCCCAGAACAUGGUGACGAGGUGCUUGGCUGUGGAACUCCAGGACAAGGGGAUCUUGUGCAUGGCCAUCCAUCCUGGCUGGGUGAAGACUGACAUGGGCACACAGGAGGCACCACUGACAGUGGAGCACAGCGUGAGGGGCAUCCUGACCGUGCUGGCCAGCCUCUCACAGCACACCUCUGGAGCCUUCCUCGACUGGGAAGGGAACAGCCUGCCCUGGUGAUGGACAAAUAGAUGG